UCGCCUAGGGGGAGCGCAGCAAAGCUUUGCGGUGUCACAAGUUCACAGCCCCUCGACCUCGACGACACCUCCCACGCCCGCCGCCAUGGCGCAAGACGGAAACCCGCGGCAAGCAUCGCCAUCGGCGCCGCUGCCCUCGGACCACUCGCGGUCGACGGCGCCGCCGCCCACCGUCGCUCAGGGAGAAGAGCAGUCGCCGCCGCCUCUGGUCACGGAGGAGCCGUCUGUCGCCGCGGCUGGCGCGGCGGUGGGGAUGGUCAACCGCGUCACGCGCUUCUCCGGGGGAACUUCAGGGUCCUCGUCCUCUCAGGCUCAGGGUAUGAAAACAUUCAGUAGCGCCCAUGUCGAUAAUUUGGUUCAACUGAAGGAAUGGGAUCAGCUUCAUGCGUAUUUGAUGGAAUUUAUCCCUGGCGAAGAGCCUUUCAAGUCCCACCCUAUGCUUUUCUUGCGCAUAUUCAUGUGUCGUGCGGUUGACUUAAUUGACCAAAACAAAAUUUCUGAUGCUGAGAUGCUCUUUGAAGCUGAAAUGCAGCCCUUUCAGAAAUUGAUCGAUCAAGGGCAAGAGGGUCUCAGGAAUGCUACCAUUGCUGAGCUAUCCGAGGGUCUCAAAUACAUCAAGGGAUGCCUAACUGCGAAGAAAAGCUUGACUCAUCCAUACACCAGUAUUCUUAUGACUAAGAUUGCCGUCAAUGACUACAUGAGGCUGUAUUUGCCAAAUGCAAUCGGGUAUAAGAUUGUUCGCAAGAAGGAUGCACUAUGGGUUUUUGCUUUUCCUCUCGCAUCUAGAUCAGCGACUAAGCCUACCUUCAGAUGUUUGGGUUGUAGCCUUAAAAUCUUUAACUCUGGAACCAUCCAGGACAUCUCUCCCCACCUUGAUCAAUGUCCUGGGAUGAGUACACCAUAUCUGAUUGAGCUACUCAAGCUCUCCAGAACAAUCAACCUUAUUAAUGCUGAAAACUCACCUCAUAAGCUAACGCAAAGUGAACAGCCUGCUGAAAAGAGGCGUCGAACCUUGACUGACACCUUCAUCCCUGUUGAUAAGAGAGAUGUCUUUGCAGAGAUACAAAGAGAGGUAAAAGGUGCUGAGCAUCUGUAUAAUCAAAUUGGAGUCGAGGUGAAUGAAACCGUUGAUAUGUUCAACACCAUGGGAACAAAAGUGGGAAAUAUUCAUCUUCUGCAUGAUAAGAUGGGACAUGUCAUCAAUAAGAUGAAAGAGCUCGUAUGUGCCGGACCUUCUGUAGCAGAAGAUGAAGAAGGAGCCAAUGCUGACAACAAUGUUGAGGUCGAGGAAGCCGAGGCUGCAGAAGAUGAAGAAGGAGCAGCUGCUACCAACAAUGUUGAGGUCGAGGAAGCCGAGGCUGCCAAUGAUGCCCCCUUUCAGUCCGACGCCAUCUAUCAUUACGGUGAAUUUGCGAGUUUGGGAGAAAUGCUGAAGAGUGCCAUUGACCCAACAGAUGAGCUGAUGAGUACCGAGGAGAUGUCCGGUAGCUUCGCUGGCGGUUAUUUUUGAGUGCUCGUGGAGUCUGAUUGCGAAAGAAACUUAACAGAAAAAACACUCCUAGAUUCUUCACAUAUCUUGUUCAAUUUUGUGGGAUCAACCGCCUCAAAUGUGGCAUAGUAGUCUGAUCUCCCGGACAACAUGUUCAUCUUAGCUUCUUGAUCCGGUCAAACAUGUGCAAACUGCUUCAUAUAGUCUGAACUUUGAACUUGAAGUGUUUUGCUGGUUGUGUCAUCAUGCGCGUGCUUUUGUGGGAUCAAUCGCCUCAAAUGAAGCUUGCCCUGAUCCGAGGAGCAUAUAUACACUCCGGUGUCAGGCUCCAUCACUGGCUCAAAAGAUCAC